AAUAAACCAAACCCUCUCUCCAUGAAUCACCACACAACCAUUCAACAUCUCAAAAAACAUUCAAAGUUUUUGAAACACAAAACACAACAAUGGCCAUUAGAAAAUCCAACAAGUUACCACAACCAGAUGUUAUAAUCAAGCAAAUUCUUAAAAGAUGUUCAAGUUUUGGAAAAAAACAGGGGUACAAUGAACAUGAUCUUCCUGAAGAUGUACCUAAAGGUCAUUUUGUUGUUUAUGUUGGAGAGAAUAGAACAAGAUAUAUUGUUCCAAUUUCAUGGUUGCCUCAUCCACAGUUUCAAAGUUUGCUUCAAAGAGCUGAGGAAGAAUUUGGAUUUAAUCAUGACAUGGGCCUUACUAUCCCUUGUGAUGAAGUUGUUUUUGAGUUUCUUACUUCAUUGAUCAGAUAAAAAGUAUGGUUUUAAAUUGCGGUCUGCAACCACAAAUAUAAUGGAUUUUGAGGUCUCAACAACGGUAUUGUUACCGCAGUUUCCACCUUAUCAGCAACAUUUUUCUUAAUUUUGAAGCGAGCAAUAAUUAAGUUCACAAUAUUGAAGUUCAGAACAGAGCCGCAACUGCAAUUUAAAACCAUGAUAAGAAGGAAGGGAAUUGGCGCAUUUGAUCAUAGUGAGGUUUAUCAAUAUAAAUCCCUUUGUCAAGUGGUUGUUUGUAAGUUUGACUAAGGAAAUAUUAACACUUCUACAUUUUUUUAAAUUGUAAAAUAUACACAUGCCAAAGAAAAUUUCAUUGGCAGUGCCAUUUGUAUUCUUAAUGAGUAAAGAUUUAUUCCAGUG